AUGCCUGAGCACUCACAAUACGCGGCCGCAGCCCAUGUACCUCUUAUCAAAUCGCCAAGUCUACGCGUUCCUCGGCCUGUUGAGCUUCCUCCCGACAUCCAUCCGCUACCGGAUAGCAUAUCACCAUAUUUCGUCUAUCCUUUCACUCUAGAACCACACAUCCUCACCAUGGAAUCAGCGCGCCGCAACACCCUCGCGGCACACGCUGCACGCAGAGACGCAUACUUACAAUCCCGCGAGGAAGAGAAGACGCAGAGAAAGCGAGAAGCACUUCGCCGCAUCGCCCCGGGGUUCGAACCGCAGGGUGCCCCUCUGGUUCCGACGAAGCGUGAUUCAGCGAAUUUAGGACAAGGCCAAGGGUUAUGGCCCGCUGGCUCACCGGUGGGAAGUCAUGAGGGUGGUGCUGACGCGUCAAGACCGAGGUCGGCGAUUGAGGAUUUGGUAGAUCAGCUCGAGGCACUGGACGCGGCGUCGUCCAGCAGACGGUCAUGA